UAUUGCCUCAGCAUCAUCCAGUUACUAAAGCGCAACACAAUGGCACGAUUGGCUUGGGCUGUCCUUUUCUUGGCCGCUUGGUGUUCGGCCACCGAAACCGACCGCAUCGUGGGUGGCAAACCCGUGUCCAUCGAAGAACAUCCCUUCAUGGUUCAAGUGGAGAAUUGGAGGUUAUUCGCCAUCUGGACUCAGCGAUGCGCCGCCAACAUUCUCACCACCAGGUAUCUGGUGAGCGCCGCUUCCUGCUUUAGGGAGUCUCUCGCGCAUCCUGAGACCCGUCGUAUCAGGGCCGGUAGUACCUUCCGCAACACCGGUGGCGUCAUCCACAACGUCGAGCGUAUCAUCAACCAUCCGUCCUUCGGACAGAACGGUUUCGAUGGCGAUAUCUCCAUCAUCAGGCUGGAGACUGCCCUAGUGUACUCCAAUAGCAUUGCCCAAGCCACCAUCAUCGGACAGGGCGCUCUCAUCCCGGACAAUCUUGAAGUUAUUCACGCUGGUUGGGGCAGACCUUCAUUCUUCGGUAGCCGCGCUGAAUACUUAACUGACGUGACCGUAAGAACGAUCAACAACGAGGAGUGCGCUCGCCGCUACCUCAACUGGCCGCGACCUCACACCGUCACCUCCAACAUGAUCUGCGCCGGUUUCCUGGACGGCCCUGCUGACGGUACCUGCUUCGGCGAUGCCGGUGGCCCUCUCAUCUACAAUAAGGUCAUCAUCGGUAUCGCCUCAUGGGGCAAGACUUGCGCCAACGGUACCUACCCCGAUGUCAGCACCUCCGUCGGCUCUUACACCAACUGGAUCUUGGAAACUGCUGUCUAAUUGUUUAUAUUUUAA